AUGCCCUGUUUCUAUGGAGACAUCUGUGAUGCCACCACUGUAUCACGUGGGACUUGGAGCCCUGGAGCCAGCAGGCCCACUUUUGAGGCUGGCCUCCCCUCCAUGCCCCCCAAGCUCAAGAGAGGUUCUCAGGGGCAGCCGGGACUGUCCUCCGGUAGCAAGCCUUGGUCCUGUGACCCCCUCCUGAUGCAGCCGCAGGAAGCCGGCUUGUCCCGGCAGCACAGUUCCAUGUCCGGCUCCAUGGCCAGGGGCCUGGUGCUUCUCCACAGCGUGGCCAGCCGGGACACCCAGCUCCCAGCGUUGAAACUGCCCCAGAAGCCGAGCAUGCUCAGCAGGUCGGCUCAGGCCAUCAGCCACUACCACAGGAAGAUGAGUGAACUCAAGGACAUCAACAGCCUCUCCAGCUUCGUGCCCGAAAUGGAGGAACUUCGGAAAUUGUUCCUCAUGCGUCCCAACUGCCCCCAGUUCAUCACCAGGGCCACGUCCAUGUCCCAUUGUGGCCCAGCCAGCAUGGCCGAGGUGCCCCGGGAGGUGUGCAACAUGGUGGAGACCUGGAGGGGCAGCCAGGAACCAGUCUUGGGCAGAAGGGGCUCAGACACGAACGUGGACGGGCGCUUCCUUCUGUUUAGCAAGAGUGUCUCUGAGUUCAAUUACGUGCAGAAGAGGAGUGAAUCCCAGACUUUGAAACCAGUCACCAGCAGCUCUGUCGCACCCCAGAGCUACCUGAGAAAGAGGAUACCCUGGUACCUCUCAGUCAUCCAUGAGAAGGAUCACCGCCUAUUGCUGCUGGGAAAGGAAGUGCAGCGCCUCUCCAACCUGGAGACAGAGGUUCAGAAGAAGGAUCAGGAGAUCCUGGUGCUCCGAGAGGAGAGGGAGUCCCUGAAGAAGCAGCUGAAAGGCCUCCUCAAAGGCAAAGUCCGACAUGCAUCCAUGUCCCUGGGCAUGAGGGAGCGGCCCUCGGAAGCCUCGCUGAAGCUGGGCGGGCUGAGCAUCCCCAAGGCCUCCAGAGAGGAGGAGGAGCUGCAGCACUGGAGACAGAUGCAGGAAGAGUCUGCCACGGUCAAGAGAGCCAAGGAGCCAGAACCGGGCGGCGAGGAGGAGGAGGGCCUGACCAGGGAGCCCGAGGGGGUGGAGGACGCAGGGGCCAGGGGCCAGAUGGGCGCUGUGCAUGAGGAGGGAAUUAAGGAGGAGGAGAUAGGGGAUGAGAAGGAAGAGGAGGACUGGGAGCUGCUGGAGGAAGAUGAGAGCCUGUGGAGAAGGGCCUACGUGACACAAGGCGAGUCCUUCGAGGAGGAGCUGCUGGCUCAGCUGGAAGAGUUUGAGCGCGCGAUCCUGGAGUUCCAGAGCGCGCUGGAGACCACCAGGACCAGAUACUCCCUGGCCAUAGCCACCAUCACGUCCUUGCAACGACAAGUGCAAUUCCAAGAGUCCCAGCUGCGGCGGGUGGACACGGAGAACGAGGUGCUGCAGCAGGAGCUCCGGGAACGGAUGCAGCAACUGCAGGCCAUGAGCGACAAGUUCUCCAACCUACGAGACGACAAGAAGCACCACGAGAUGAUAGGGCUCAUCGAGAAGGACAACCUCCUGCUCCGACAGCGAGUGUCGGAGCUGGAAAAGGAGCUCACAAAGCGGGACCGCACCAUCUUGGAGCUGGACGCCCAGGUCAGCCAGCUGCAGGCCCAGGUCGAGCUGGACCACGAUCACCUGCUCAGGUGGCGGCUGCUGCAGGAGGAGCUGCAGGGCAAGAAGGAGGCAGCUCGGCAGAUGGAGCAGCAGGCCCGCGUGGCCCUGGAGAGCACCCAGUCCAGGCUUGAAAGGCUGAGAAACAAGAUCCUCCAGGCCACCUUCAGCAUCUCCGGGACCAAGUCCUUGGCCAGCGAGAUCUUAGACAGUGACAUUCUGGAAGCCCUGCAGAGGAUCAUCUCAGAGAGGGCCGACUACUAUAAUCAGCUGAAGCAGAAGGGUGUCAAGGUGCCCCCCCUGCAACUGUCAGAGCAUUCCCUGACCAACAAGCCCAAGAAGGUGGCCUCCAAGUAG